AUGACGAAUUCGUUCCUAGCAGAAACGUCUGUGGAGGAGAUUGUUUACCCGAGAAUUCUCGAAGCGAGGGGUGCAAAUGGAGAGAAGAUGCUCCACAUUCGAGAUGGGCUUACCCUGAGCUUAGAAAAGAGCACAGUGUUUUCCGAAAACUUCACUUUCACAAAGGGCGAUGAUGUGAACUACUCUAACAGUUCUCUGAAUGUCAAGGAAAUUGAGGACAAUUUAUAUCAGGACAGGGAACACGGCUCCUCUGUUGUGCUCCAAGAAUCCAAUGGAUAUCUCCAAGUGAGCGGUAUCCUCACUUACGCCUUAUCUAUUGAGCCUGUAUUAUCUAAUCCCCGAUCAAAAGAGGGAAUCGUUGCUCAUUUGAUAUCCAAGUUUAAUGAUACUUCAAUCCCAAUGUAUGAUGAUGCUGUUAAUUAUACAAACUUAGCGGAACGACGAUUUGGGGGCAAUAUCCACAGAGUAGCAAGACGACGCCGGCGCAACUUGCCACCUACAGUUACGAUUGAAACGAGAAUAGUCUACGAUGAUGCUCUUCACAAACUGAAAGGAAAAUAUCUCACUAGAUACUUGGCGAUUCUAAUGAGUACGGUAAACCUGCUGUACAGUACGUUGAAAAACCCAAGGCCUCGUUUUGUCAUUGUUGGCAUCGAUAAACUAAAGAGUGAAGCAUACUUAAAGUUAUCUCCAGGCAGACGUUUGAAGGUUUGCAGCAGUAUAAACCCACUUAAUUAUUAUGUAUCCCGAUCAUGGCGGUCUGGUGCUCAUGAUGUUGUGGCAUUUGUCUCAGGAUUCGACUGGGGCCCUAGACAAACAGUCGGAUGCACUUUUAUCUGUGGUGUCUGCUCGUACCAGAAAGUAACCGUUCAAUCGCUUCGAGGAUUAUCCCAAGGAACAGCUGCACUACUUAUAGCCCAUGAGCUUGGUCACCAAUUGGGAAUGGAACACGAAGGAGAUCGUGCAAGUUACUUUACGCCAGGAAAUGCUGGUCUUUACUGCGGCCCGAGUGCAGGAUUUGUGAUGACACCUGUAUUGAAUAUGCCAGGACGCUCUGUAUUUUCUUACUGCGUUUAUGACCAGAUGAAAGGCUGCCUAAUGUAA